CACAAAGAAUCUUUAAAGUGUAAAAAAUGGCCAGAAGCGAACGGGGCUUGCGUCCAAAACAGUGGCCAACUCGUUGUAUAUACACCCCGGAGGAAGGUAAUUUCACGAAACGUAGCAGCCCCCUUAUAUAUAAUGUGUAUGAAAGUGAAUGUCGUCCUCAUGAGGUCAACUAUUUUGGUGGAAAUGGGGCCUUUGUAGACAGAUAACAGUUUUCCUCGUCUUUCCAGUGGUGAGGUUCCCUUCUUUUCCGGUUGUCUAUCCAGAAACCUCAAGACAGACCACCGCGGGGCUACUGGGAAACUAUGCUUUGAUGAAAGCGACUGUCAUCAACUAAACAUGGCUGAAUGCGGGAACCAACAGUACAGAACGGAGCAUGCUGUCGGGCGGUUCGAGAGAAUUUCGAGGUGCCGCGAGAAUCCAAGAAACAGAUAAUGGAGUCAAGAAGCAAACGGCUCUAUUCGAUGAUGGGAGGUCCUGCUCGCAGCUCCGUCUAGUCCGCUUUCUCCAGAGUCUCUACACCGGAAACGCCUUGCCGGAGCGACUCUUUUCUGGUCUCCAAAGUUCGUGAAUCGCACACUUGUGGAAGUGUUUAAUUUGUGUCUGUCGCUCGCAAGUCUCGCUCUCGGUUGUUGUUCUCCGUCGCAUUCUUGUUCUGUACGUGUGUAGCGUUCCGCUCUCGUAGUCAGCCGAUGGAAAAGGCAAAGCAUGCUCGAAAAUGCAUGAUAUCCACGACAGCGAUGUUCGAGGCGUAUUAUGUGGAUGGCCUCUUCUUGGGAGGCUGCCAGAGAACAAAGCUUUCGUGAUUUUGCUCUUCUCUCGGGCUUUCUCUCGCUUAAACGCGAGCGAAUUCGCCUGCUUCUCGCGAGUUGUGGCUCGUUUUUCUCAACGCAGCAGCCUUUCCUCCCCACAUCGAAUGUUUUCUAAACGCGCCUUCGGUCCCACUCUUCCUCGUACGCUAGAUAGAAACCUCGUUUCUUCCUUUUCCUUCCCUUUCCGCCCGUAUUUUGUCUCCCCCUCCUCGCCGUCCCCGCCCUCUAAAUCUUCAUUAUCCUUCUCGUCGCGCUUUCCUUGCAGUUCGUCUCCCGCAUUCUUCUCUUGUUCCCGUCAUCGUUCUUUCGCCUCCUUUCAUUCGCCCUGUCCGUUUCCUUCUCUCUUCUGGGCUUCCUCUUGGCCACCCUCUGGCCAGGACGAGGCGCUCCGGUCUCUGCCGGCCUGCAGUUCCGCCGCAAGGGAGGAAAAGCGGGGAACGAGAACGAAGCGCGACCUGAGUUUUCUUCCGCGAGACUUUUCCAUCUCUCUCCAGGAAGAAGAGAUGGCAUUCGACGCCUCUUCCCUCGACUUGCUCAUUCGAGAGAAUCUGAAGAGGGUGCGAGAGGAAAUCCUCACGCUCUCUGUUCGCCGCAGUGUCGCGCCUUCCGCAGUCAAUGACAAGGGCAACGACGCGAAAACUGACUCUGCCUGUUCUUCUCUUCCCUCUUGGUCUUCCUGUGAGGGAGCUCUGCGAGAGACGGAGGGCUGUGUGCGGCUACUGGCCGUAAGCAAAUACCAGCCCGCGAGCGCCGUCGCGGCCGCGGCGCUGGCCGGGCAGAGGCACUUUGGCGAGAACUACGUUCAAGAGUUGGUGGAGAAGGCGACGCAGCUCUGCCAUCUGGACUUGAAGUGGCACAUGAUCGGGCAUCUACAGUCGAACAAGGCCAAGCAGCUCCUCAUGGGCUGCCCCCAACUGUACGCCGUAGAAACUGUCGAUUCGAAGAAGCUGGCCAAAACACUCAACGACGCGGUUGCCACCGUCCUCUCUCAGCGAAAUGGCGCGCCCCUGAGAGUCCUUGUUCAGGUGAACGCGUCCGAUGAAGCGAGCAAAAGCGGCGUGAGACUCCACUCUGUUGAUGGCAACCGAGGUGAAACGGAGACUCCGUGCGGCGACAGCGAAGUCAGAGAGCUGGUCGAGUACAUCGUCGAUUCUUGUCCGCACCUUCGGUUCUCUGGACUGAUGACAAUCGGCCACCCCGACCCGGAACGAACAUCUGGGACAUUCGCAAAGAUGGCAACACUGCGCCUGGACCUGCUCAAACUCCCCCACGUCCGACAAGUGUUUAUGAGUCGCACAGAGAGUGCGGGCGAGAGAGAAGCGUACGAUCGCAGUGAAAGGAAGUCCAGCAACACGUCGGAGGCAGCGAGGAACACACGAAACAAAGCGGAAGAAGCAAGGCCACUGCAUGCAGCGUUCGACAGAGAUGACCUGUUCGAACUGAGCAUGGGAAUGAGUGGAGACAUGGCGGAAGCCAUCAUACACGGAAGCACAGAGGUGCGAAUUGGCACCGCAAUCUUCGGGUCUCGGCCACUCCAGCCAAAAAGCCGUUCCUGAGAAUCACACUUCUGAACUGCUCUCCACGGGUGGCCCACCCCACCAGCACAUAGACCGAAUCGUAAACUGGUAUGUCUUCAACGCGGGCAUCUGGAUACUUCCACACUGCAGCAAAUAAGACUCCUACCUAGUGUAUAGAUUUAUAACUAGAUAAAAUAUGUGUAUAUAUAUUGAUAGUAGAUCUUUACAUGUUCUGCAAGUGCUCUUUCGUGAGCGGUGUGGCUGGCAAGACGAUGCAGCAGUGGAGACUGAGGCUGCCUCAGAACUCUGAGAGGAGAAAACGGUGAGCGGCAACGCUGUCCAUGUUCUUUAUUUCGGACAAAUGCAACAGACGGUAGCAAUCUCAAAAUUCGAGUUGCGGGCCUCUCUCCAA